ACUCCAUCAUCGAGUCGAGCUUAGCCUUACGCCCAGAGACAAAAGCACAAACAGUUGGUGCUUCAUUCAUUUAUCUCAUCGUCUCUAAUUAAUCCAAGACGAUAUCGAGAUGUCUGGGGUGUGGGUGUUCAAGAACGGUGUGGUUCGCCUGGUUGAAAACCCGGCAGCGGAGCCUUUAGACGGAAGUAGUCGACAAGCGUCGACCACCCGGCGGAAGGUUCUGGUUCACACGCCAACUAACGAGGUAAUGACGUCUUAUGCGGUUCUUGAGCGGAAGCUGUUGGAGCUGGGAUGGGAGAGGUAUUACGAUGACCCAGACCUGUUUCAGUUCCACAAGCCAUCCACGGUUCACCUCAUUUCUCUCCCAAGGGAGUUCAGCAGAUUCAGGUCCAUGCACAUGUAUGACAUUGUGGUCAAGAAUCGGAACAGCUUCGAAGUUAGAGAUAUGUAACCCGUCGUCCAUUGCUAGCUCUCGAUCGCUUAAUUUGUCUGUGCCUCCUCUCUUGUAUCUAUCUCUAUCCAUCCACCAUCUCAAUUACUAUGUUUGUUCCAUGGGUUGUUUUGUUUUUCUUGUAUCAACACUUCACCAGUCACCUGUUGGUUUUCUCUUUCUCUUUCUCUUUGUGGGUCUCUAUCCUUUUAGUCUUGUACUGUGAACGUGGUGCUGGUGAUUGUUUGUUUUUUUUUUUGUUGCACAUCUUGAUAGUUUGAUACUUUGAUUCAGCAAUGAAAUAUGGGUUUGGUUUGUGGUGUAAUAGUUAUACUGAUCUGUUUUUAUUAAUUUCA